CCCGGGAGCAUGUUGACCACAGCCAUGGUGGGGACUCUGGUCAGAGGAUGGAGGAAUCGAAGCUCUCCUCGAAGGGCUGAGUCAAAACUUCUUAUCCCACAGAGCCAAGAUGGAAUUCGGAUUCAGGAUGGACACCAGUUGCAUCUUGAAGUGCCAUCAGCUGUAACCAAAAUUCCAGCUCCCAAGACGACAGCCAGGCAUUCCCACUCCCGAAAACUGAAGACCAUGGAGCUCUCUGACAGCGACCGACCCGUCAGCUUCGGCUCCACAUCGUCCUCAGCCUCCUCCCGGGACAGCCAUGGUUCCUUCGGCAGCAGAAUGACCUUAGUUUCAAACAGCCACUUGGGUUUGUUUAACCAGGAUAAGGAAGCAGGGGCCAUAAAACUGGAGCUGAUGCCAGCCAGGCCUUUCUCCAGCAGCGACCUCCAGAGGGACAACCCCACCAGGCAGCAGAACACGGACGAGGCCAGCGAGAGGCAGCCUAGGGCCCAGCGGAGAGCGGAUGCCAGUGGGGCACCCAAGACGACUGCAGACUCGGCCACCAGCCCCAAGCUCCUCUACGUGGACAGAGUUGUCCAGGAAAUUCUGGAGACUGAGAGGACUUACGUGCAAGAUCUAAAAAGCAUCGUAGAGGAUUACCUUGACUGUAUCAGGGACCAAACAAAACUUCCCCUGGGGACUGAAGAAAGAUUAGCCCUUUUUGGAAACAUACAGGAUAUCUACCACUUCAAUAGUGAACUUCUGCAAGAUUUGGAAAACUGUGAAAAUGAUCCUGUGGCCAUAGCAGAAUGUUUUGUGUCCAAGAGUGAAGAGUUCCACAUUUAUACCCAGUACUGCACUAACUAUCCAAGAUCAGUGGCUGUGCUCACAGAGUGCAUGAGGAACAAGAUCCUGGCCAAAUUCUUCAGGGAACGUCAGGAAACUCUGAAACUCUCGUUGCCUCUGGGGUCCUAUCUCUUGAAACCAGUUCAGCGGAUUCUCAAGUAUCAUCUCCUUCUGCAUGAAAUAGAAAAUCACCUUGAUAAGGACACAGAAGGCUAUGACGUGGUGCUUGAUGCCAUAGACACGAUGCAGCGAGUAGCCUGGCACAUCAAUGACAUGAAGCGGAAACACGAGCACGCAGUUCGGUUACAGGAGAUACAGAGUCUGCUCACUAACUGGAAGGGGCCAGACCUGACCAGCUACGGGGAACUGGUGCUCGAGGGCACCUUCCGCAUCCAGCGAGCCAAGAACGAGCGGACGCUCUUCCUGUUUGACAAGCUGCUCCUCAUCACAAAGAAGAGAGACGACACGUUUACAUACAAAGCCCACAUCCUGUGCGGCAACCUCAUGCUGGUGGAGGUGAUCCCGAAGGAGCCGCUCAGCUUCAGCGUCUUCCACUACAAGAACCCCAAGCUGCAGCACACGGUUCAGGCCAAGUCCCAGCAAGACAAGCGCCUCUGGGUCCUGCACCUGAAGAGGCUGAUCCUGGAGAACCACGCAGCGAAGAUCCCGGCGAAGGCCAAGCAAGCAAUCCUUGAAAUGGAUGCCAUUCACCUUCCCGGCUUCUGUUACAGCCCCGAGGGGGAGCCGAAAGCACUCUGUGGCUCUAAAGAGGGUUCUGCUCCACAUCGGCUGAGAAGAAAAUCUGAACCUUCUUCAAGAGCACAUAAAGUUUUGAAAACCAGUGAAACAGCACAAGACAUCCAAAAGGUUUCCAGAGAGGAAGGCUCUCCCCAGCUGACCUCAGCACGGCCAUCUCCCACCCAGAGGAACAGUCAGCCGAGCAGCUCGGCUGUGAUUGGCAUGUUUCGUGGGAGUGGAACCGUCAGAAACAUCUGGACGGAUCACCAGAUCAGGCAAGCCUUGUUUCCCAGCCAGCGGACCCCACAGGAGAACGAGGAUGACGAAGAUGACUAUCAGAUGUUCGUUCCAUCCUUCUCCUCCUCAGAUUUGAACUCUGCCAGACUGUGUGAAGACAGCACUUCAAGUCGCCCUUGCAGCUGGCAUAUGGGACAGAUUGAGUCCACAGAGACUCCCAGCUCCGGUCACAGGGUCGUCAGGCGGGCCAGCAGUGCCGGUGAGAGCAACACAUGCCCUCCUGAAAUAAGAAUUAGGGACAGCGAUGGCUCUCAGUACAGCCCCCGGAGGGAACUGCAGAACAGCCCCAAAACGGAAGAACAGGGGGGGCUGACUCCUUUUGGGUCGUCUAUAGAGUUAACGAUUGAUGACAUAGACCACGUCUAUGAUAACAUAAGUUAUGAGGACUUAAAACUUAUGGUUGCGAAACGGGAAGAAGCUGAAUCCACUCCCCCCAGGUCAAGUAGGGACUCCGUUCGCCCCAAGAGCACCCCAGAGUUAGCCUUCUCCAAGAGGCCGGCUGGCCACAGUCAGAGCUCUCUGCACACACAGAAGGAUGGAGCUCUCACAGGUCGGGAGGCUUCCAGCCAGAGCACACACGAACUCCAGGUGGUUGAAGAAAACAUCUAUGACACUAUAGGGCUCCCGGAUCCGCCAUCGCUGGAUUUCAAGUGCAGCAGCCUAAAGCGUCCAAAGAGGAGCACCUUUUUGGGUCUGGAAGCCGACUUUGUGUGCUGUGACAGUCUGAGGCCGUUUGUUUCCCAAGACAGCCUCCAGUUCAGUGAGGACGAGACGCCUCACCAUCAGGGUACCUCUGAUAAUGACUAUCUGAGCCUGCUGUACAGCUCUUCCAGCUGUAACUUGUCUGUCGCCGACAAGCCUGUAUCUGAUAAACUGUCUGAAGAAGUAGAUGAAAUCUGGAAUGACCUGGAAAAUUACAUCAAGAAGAACGAAGACAAGGCCAGAGACCGUCUCCUUGCAGCGUUUCCUGUGAGCAAAGAUGACGUGCAAGACAGGCUGCACGCUGAGAGCACCCCCGCGCUGGGCCGGGACACGGCACACUCCGCAUCCACGCUGUCACUGCCCGGGAGCCAGGCUUUCCUGGGGCCUGUGAAAAGCAGGGCUGUCAGAGUGAGCCGGGCCAACUACCCAUUCGAAGAAGACCUGAUUUCUAGAGAAGGCUCCUUUAUGAGUCUUAACCGGCUCUCUCUGGCCAGCGAGAUGCCUCCCGUGGACAAUCCGUAUGACCUGGCCGGCAAUCUGUCCCAAACAGACCCAGAAAACCCUGACCCGGGGACGGAGGCCACAGAUAAGACAAAAAGCAGGGUUUUCAUCAUGGCUCGGCAAUACAGCCAGAAGAUCAAGAAGGCAAAUCAACUUUUAAAAGUGAAAAGUCCAGAGCUGGAGCAGCCACCGGCCAGUCAGCAUCCUAAAUCCGUGCACAAAGACCUGGCAGCGAUCUUGGAAGAGAAGAAACAAGGAGGGCCUGCCAUUGGUGCCAGGAUUGCUGAGUAUUCCCAACUGUAUGACCAGAUUGUAUUCAGGGAGACUCCCCUUAAAAUGCAGAAGGAUGGCUGGGCCAGCCCUCAAGAUCCCUCCCUCCUCAGGUCUGCGUCACCUUCCCAGGUCCAACAGGGUAGCGAGAAUUGGCUUCUGCAUUCAACCUGUAGCAAUGGAGAGUUAGCAGAUUUCUGUCCCCAGCCAGAGCAAGACUUGAGGUCAAGGUAUCCCACUUUAGAGAUCAGUGCAAAAAGCACGCCCCGACAACUGUCCGCAGCUUGCUCCGUGCCUUCUCUUCAAACCUCCGACGCUCUGCCGGGUUCCAUACAGAGAUGCAGCGUGAUAGUCAGUCAGCCCAACAAAGAGAACUUGUGUCAGGGCCAUCUUUACAACUCUUUGGGUCGGAAAGGAAUCGGUGCAAAAUAUCAGCCUUAUAACAGGUCCCAGUCAUCUUCCUCAAUCCUUAUAAACAAAUCGAUGGACUCCAUCAACUACCCGGGUGAAAUGGAAAAGCAGCAGCUGCUGUCUCUACACAGAAGUUCCAGGUGCGAGAGUCACCAGAGCUUGCUGCCCGGUAUUGCUGACUCCCAGCAACAGGGCACUGAAAAGCUCUCAGAUCUCACACUCCAAGACUCGCAGAAAGUUUUGGUAGUAAAUAGAAAUUUGCCCUUAAAUGCCCAAAUAGCGACACAGAACUAUUUUUCCAAUUUCAAAGAGACUGAAGGAGAUGAAGAUGACUAUGUGGAAAUAAAGUCAGAAGAAGAUGAGGCAGAGUUGGAGCCAUCUCACAAUCGUAGGAGGAAGUCUGACUCAAAGAUUAUGGAUGCUGACUUUUCGGAUAACGUCUGCAGCAGCAACACGUCUUAUUCUUUGAAUAGCCCGUGCACUCCCCAAAAGCCAAUAAACAGCAAGCUGGAGCUUUCACCGUAUCUGACAUCAUGUAAUGAUUCUGACAAACUGAGUGACUAUCUUUGGAGGGGGCCAUCUCCCAAUCAACAAAAUAUUGUACAGUCUUUAAGGGAAAAGUUUCAGUGUCUCAGUUCAAGCAGCUUUGCUUAAGGUUUUAGUAACAGCUGCCUGAAUUAGCUUCUUAUUCUCCUAAGAACUAUAGAUACUGAUGAGGUGUUUUAUAUGUACCAGAUUAAAACCAUUUUGUAAUAACUAGAGGUGUAAAAUAUACUUUCUUUUACAGCACAACUUUUUGCAAUGGCUGAUGAUUCAGCCAGGAUUGUACUGUAGCAAAUGUCAGCAUAUAACGGUUUUCCGAUGCUGAUUGUCUUCCUGUUUCCUGUAAGUCAACCUUACUUGAAAAUUUUUAGGCUUUUUUUUUUUUUUUAACGUGAUGGCCGCCAUGAUGUUUUUUUCCCUUAUCCUGACAAAGUGCUUAUACGGUAAGAAAUGCAAUAAUCCUCUCAUAUUAUCCGGAAGCCCAAGUAGUUUUAUUCCAUGACUCAAAGGCAGCAAGAACACUUUUUCACAUGGUUUAAGAGGUAAGGACAGGAAAGCUGUUUAAAGAAUUUUUUGGGGGGGGGGCGGUGAGAAAAGAAAAAAAAUAAAUAAAGAAUUUUUGUUACAUCCGUAGCAAGACCUUAGAAUAAUGUAAGAGAUCUGUCAUCGGAGCAUAGUCUGCAGUACCCAUUUUAGAGUUUCCACACCAGUAUUCCUAUAUCAUUUCAUUUUCAUGUAGAAAUUCCGUGACUAUUGAAAAUGUAGCAUUUUUGUUUUUGAGCAAAAACCUUUACCUGUAUUCCUGGACAAGGCCUGGAGAAUGCGCUGCUCAUCGUGUUUAAUAUAUAAUUUCUGGGGUGAAAUGAAUUCUUUCUUUAAUGGCCUAAAGAAAACCAAGGUCAAUAAAAUGCAAAUUCUCUUAGCUCUUAGAAAAGAUAGGAUGACUUCUGGGAACAACCUGAUUGUCUCUUCAUAUUACAGUUGAAAGGGGGGCGGGACCCAAAACAAAGACCUCCAUGGCAUUGUGUGUGCCUGUCUCUAAUCAACACAAAGUGAACCAUAAGCUAAAAUAAGACAACGCACUUUAAAGUUACCUUUCCCAGAGGAGUUUUUCACGUGCACCUCCCUGAGUUUUGGAGUCUGCCAACUGGGCUGCUUGAUCUUAGCCCUGAGGAGUCACCGGCUGGAGGAAUAGGGCAAGAAUUAAUUUUCUAAAACCAUACGUAACAUGGAGCCUUUUUUCAAUUGUUUUGAGGCAUAUAAAAGAACAAUCUUUGGUUACUAGGUUCUAAUAUCUUUUAAGUUGUAAUUAUAGUCUUUAUACAGAAUUUCAUUGUGAUACUAUAUACUACUCCCACUCCUUAUGAAAGGAAACCAAAAAAAAAAAAAACAAAAGAUGUGAGUAAAAAGCAAAAUCAAAGAAACUAAAGAGAAAAAUAAAGGCAGAUUUAUUGCUACCUUAUAAAAAUAUCCUAUUUAUUAAGACCGUGGUUAAUACAGCAGGAAUGUUUUCUCAAAUAGUGGCCUUUGUGUUCUCAUUUUAAGUAGUGGUACAUUCUGUGGCCCUUCUCCACCCUCUGUUUCCAUUUUAAAAGAUAAAUACUUUGUGUAGGGAAAGGGGUCAGGGUUUCUCAUUUAAAGGUAAGCAAUAAUAUCAAAUAAGUGACAUCAUAUUUCUUUUCCUCAUUUUAAGUCCUAUGCCUCUUUUUCUUAACUGUAAAACAUAAAAUGUGACCAUUCUUAUUUUACAAAUAGGUACCUAAGGCAUUUGUUUUUCUUUUUAAAUAACAACACAAGAUUAUUGCUUCUCCACACUACUCAUAGCUUAUAAAACACAGUCCAUAUUGAAUAACAUGGUUCUGGAAACAUUCCUCCUUUCACUGUUUUCAUUUAAACAUGAUAUGAGUUUUCAAGAUUAAGAAGUAUCAAAAAAGAUAAGCAUCAUAAGUAUGUUCUUAGACUUGCUACAGAUGUGUGUGUAAGUACAUUUGUAUUACCUAUAAAAAACAGUUACCUGACUCUUGCCCAAGGAAUGCAGUUUCCCAUUUUUGCUUUUUAGUUGAUAUGACCCAAAUUCUAAUAGUCCAUAAUACUGUUGUCUGACUCUCAGAAAUUAUUCUCCACACCAGUGUCUUGUAUGACUUUGUCACCUAUAGAAAUACACCCCACUGCACAAAAGUGGAUGUCUUACUGUAUAAAAUAUCUAUGUGGUUCUUAGGUUCAAGGACAAAUCUGUAGUUUUAUAGAUCACUUCUGUUGGCCAGGACACAGAUUUUGAGAGCUGUGUAUGUAUAAUCAUGUUUGUAUUUUUCCCCAAAGUUAUCAAAUAAUUGCUUUUGUUUAAAAAUAGUUCCUUUUGGAGGUGGGGUGGGGAUGUAUAUAAUUGGGGGAAAAAGUUAUAUGUACUUAAAAGUAUGUCAAGUUCUUAUUAGUUUCCUGUACUGAAGGUUCAUUUUUUUUAAUAAGUUCACUUUUCACCUACAUUAUUCUUUGUGGGGAGAAAAAAAUGCAUCUAGGAAAACAUAGUUUAAAUACUGUAUAUAAGAUAAUAAAAGUUAGUAAUGCCCAUUAUUUAAUAAAGUUUGUAAAGUACAAAGUAAA